AUGAGCAAUCCUGGCAAACAACCCCACCGCUUUCACCCAAACACUCGAGCUGGGAAUCCCCUACCUCCCUCUCGUGUCACCCCAGCUUCUGCUGCGCCCGAUUCGGGGCCGACCACCAACGUUGCCAGGCCCCUGAGUGUCCAGGGUGACACUCCGGCUCCUCAUCACCUUGACAACCGCGUGGCAAUGGCCCCGUCAGCCUCCUGCGGUCGGCUGGCUUCCCCCAACUUGCUGUACAGUCGCGCAGGAAUGCUGGUCGCUCCUCCUCCUUCCUCAGCCGUGGCAAUGACUGUGGGGUCACCCCGGUUGCCACGAGACAUCCCGGACUCUGGUCCGGCAAACCCAGCCCCUGUCUCUGACAGGGAGAACCUUAUUGAAUUUGACAACAAGGCUAGCGACGCUUCGACAGCGCCGUUACGCAGUGCCGGCUGGUCGCCGGUAACCCAGGACCGCACGAGUGAACGGCAUACCGUUGCCUUGCUUACACCCACAACCAUUGCUCGCGCGAUGGCAAGCAUGAGCAUUCAAGAGCUGGUGGAAUUUGCCCGCCGCUAUCAAGCUAUUGCUCAGGAAGCUUUAGCUGCAGCGGCUGAACAGAGUGCUUUGCGCGACAAUGCCACAGAAAGUGCAAACAAAGACUUGAUUAGAAUGAAUACUGCAGAUAAGCGAAUAGAUGAUUUUACUGAACACGAACGGGAGCCGUCUCUUGUGAGCUCUUUCUAUCCAGUCUUUGAGUCCACCCCCGCCAUUGAUCAUCCUGUUGUUGAGCAUGUCAAUGGUGACCCAUCCCAACCCAAGGGCAAGGGUGUUGAUCCUCAAAAUUGGGGAGCGCUCUCGGAUCCUAUAGGUGAAUCUGAAAUUGAAGACCAGCAUAUUGCACUGGAGAACUUCGCGGAGAUUCAGCAAAUGAAAUUGGAAUACUACUCACCUUCAAGUCUCCAGGCGCAUUGCUUCUUACUGUGUCACCCUGGGCUGAAGGUGAAGACUGCUGCUCCUUUUGAGGAAUGCUGUGCCAAAGCUCUCAAUCUGACAGUGACCCACCAGUACUUUGAAAUGAUCUCCUUUGUCAUCUCUGAAUACAAUAUUUAG